AUGUCUGCUUCAAUUACCUCCUCAACUAUUAACCUGACCAAAACUAUAGUUGGUGCAGGAUUAUUGGCUAUCCCAUAUGCUUUCAACCAAGAUGGUAUACUUAUUGGGUCUUUAUUAACCAUAUUAGCAGCAAUCACCACCUCCUAUGGCUUAUACCUUUUAGGAAUAUCAUCCUCUACGUUUUUAUCUGAUCCCAGAUCCUCCUCCUUUUUCUCCUUAUGUGCCAUAACUUAUCCCAACUUCACGUUAUUGUUUGAUUUUGCCAUGUUUGUCCAAUGCUAUGGAGUUUGUUUAAGUUAUAUCGUGUUAAUUGGCGAUGUUUUCCCAUCAUUAUUUGGUGGUGACAGAAGUAUUUGGAUCUAUUUAAGCACUUUACUUGUUGUACCAUUAAGUUUGUUGAAAAAUUUGGAUAGUUUAAGAUAUUCAAGUUUAGUAGGAUUGUGUGCCAUUGCCUAUUUGGUGUGUUUUAUAGUCACAAAAUUUUUCACCGAUGGAAUUACAAGCACAGAUGCAAUCCAUUGGAUAACCGUUAACAGUUUUAAAGGUUUGUUUUCCUCUUUUAGUAUCUUAGUUUUCGCCUACACUGCAUCUAUGAAUAUGUUUAGUAUUUGUAAUGAAUUGCAAGAUAAUUCGAUAAAAAAUAUUACAAGAGUAAUUAACCAAUCAGUUGGUAUUUCAUGCACUUUGUUUCUAACCGUAGGAAUCUUGGGUUAUUUAACGUUUGGUGACGAUGUUCAGGGCAAUAUCAUCAUCAAUUAUGAUCCAAAUUCAAUUUUCACCAAGAUUGGCCAGUUUUCAUUGGGAAUUACCAUAAUUUUUUCAUUCCCCUUGUUGUUCCAUCCUUUAAGAAUAUCUACAAACAACAUGGUAUUUUCAAUAAUUCGCAUAUACAAUAAUAACGGGAAAAAAUACAAUGAAACAAAUCACACUGCACCACUACUUAAUAAUUCCAGCAAUAACAACACCACCGCCACUUAUUCCUCUAUUAGUAGAAUUUCAUCCUCCCAAGCUUCACAUACUUCGAUUAAUUCAAUGAUUGAUGAAUCAUCUUUAUUAGAAGAAGCUGCCGACUUAAAUACAGUAGAAUUUUCAAAUUCAAGAUUUUACUUAAUAACGUUUAUCUUACUGGUCAGUAUUUACUUAUUAGGUUUAAAUGUUACUUCAUUUGCUUUAGUUUUAUCAUUGGUAGGUGCUACUGGUUCAACUUCUAUUUCGUUUAUAUUACCAGGUUUAUUUGGUUACAAAUUGUUUAGCGGCAAUGAAAGCACUAAUAAGAGGAAUAGUAACAAACUCAUUGCUAUUACAAGUUUAGUUUUAACCAUUUACGGUGUUUCUGUGAUGAUCAUAUCAGUAUUUGCCACUUUAUUUUUACAAUAA